UUCCUGCUUAGCGAUAUUACGUAUUGCGUAAAGUCGGUGAACGCUAGAAUUAUACACGUACCUUGUAUAUGCGCACGAUACACAACAAAUUGCGUUACACACGCAAGAGAUGAAGACACCGAUGGCGGACUGACGCGAGCCCAUGGAUCGGCAGGUGGAUACGAUUGUUGUGAUCGUCUUGAAAGUAAUCGGAGGACAAUGCGAGAUAUGAUUAUACGUAUAUUCAGGAUCCCCGCGAGGAACGAAAGUAAUGUGACAAAUCAACGACGAAGCUCGGUACGUUAACAAAUGACUCUAUUAAGUUGAAACGUGGCUGAAACAGUAGCCGGCGUGGGCAUUCGUAUGUGCACGCAUACAUGUGUGAACAAGUAAUCGGCCUGGCAAAUUGAAUCGACGCAGCGAGCGAGUCGGGAUGCUGCGGAGAUGACGCUGUGCAUGCAUAUGUUGGGGUUGCCAGGUGGGACGGGAAUAUUACGAGGACGACGAGGGAUCUCCGAUAGAGGAGAAUGCUCCUCUCCCAGCAUGAACGAGCGAGCGAUUCCACGCAGAAAUCGGGAGGAUGGGAAGGGAAGAGAUCCUCUUGGGCGUCUUCAUAUAAAUGCCGGCGGUGCUCGCAGUACGAGAUCACAUAGAUUCGACCGUCAAAUCGACAGCCGUAUUAUCGUAUACAAACCGCCGGCACCGGCACGAAUCGUCUUCAUCAUGCAGUAUCUAAUCUUGGCCUUUGCAAUCUUCAGCUGCGUCUUCGGACAAUUUGGAUCUUUCCGCGGCUUUCCCAGCCAAAAUGCCUACAGAACAACGCCGAGACCCUAUCGACCGCAAUCGCAACCGCAACCGCAGCCGCAGUAUACAUCUGCCGCAAAACCGUUUAUAGGCAUUCGUAGCCAACAAAAGGAUACGUCGCCGGAUGGAUCUUAUACUUUCAGUUAUGAAACCGAGAAUGGAAUUUCAGUCUCCGAAAGCGGAUAUCCUCAAGUCGGACCUCAGGGUCAAACGGAGGUGGUCCAGGGCAGAUUUUCGUAUCCUGCACCUGACGGCACUCCCAUCACUAUCGAAUAUACAGCUGACGAGAAUGGCUUUCACGCUCAGGGUGCCCAUAUUCCUACGCCGCCCCCCAUCCCGGAGGCCAUUAAAAGAGCACUCGCGGCGAAUCCGCCCGGACCCGAUGACGAAAAGUACGAUCGGCAACCAUUUCAGCAGAGAUUCAGCGGACCGGUGUAUAACGCCAAUCCUUAUCGAAGAUUCUAAUUUUGCCGCACACUGUUCGAUCCGCAAAAUCUCUCACGACGCACUCACGACACAGCCAAGAGAAUCUGCUAGACAGCUAGACGGAGGCUCGGCUAGAUAUCGUGUAUCUUAUGUUGGCUUUGAAUCAUCUUCUUCCCAACCUCUAAUCAAUUCGAAGUGAUACGUGUACAUAGGAUACAGUAUGAUGGAUAUAACAACAGUAUCGACCCCUACAGCAAUAUAACUGUCGUUGUGCAAUAAAUCAGUAUAUAUUGUUUCUA